AUGAGCGAAAUUACUCUUAGUUGCAUUGUAAAAGAAUUUACUGAGGCUAUUUUUGAUAUUACUAUUAAUAGGAAUAAAAAUAUUCUUAGGUUUAAAGAUAAAAUCAAAGAAGAAUUGCAGGAUUCAUUUCAGAAUAUCGAUAUCAUCGGGCGUGUAUUGUUUAAGAUUAAUGAUUUUUUAAAGAAUAAUGAUAUAAGUAAUAAUAAAAUUUACGUUAUUGUUCAAGAUAAACGUAAAGAAAAAUGGUGCUCUUUAUGUGAGGUUUCAUUUGAAAAUAUCGAUCUUUUGAAAGACCAUAAAAAGGGUAGUGAUGGUGGAGAUCAGGUGGAGGGAAACGAACUAUUGCGUGAAUCAGCUAUCCAGGACUUAUCUUCUACAAUUCAGGACAAAAAAUCUCAAUCGCAUAAGAAGAGGGAAGUAGAGAAUAUUGUACUGUUUUGGAUUAUUCCCGAAAUACUGUAUAUUACAAAAUCUAGCCUGCUUAACCAAGAAGCAUGGGAUGCGAAAGAUGAAGCAAUUCAAGCUAAUCAAAAGAAAAAAAAUCAUAGAGUUUACGAUCGAGUAUAA